CGCUGCAGACAGACUGACAGACAGACAGACACUCGGCCUGGCCAUGGGGCUCAGUGGGGGUCAGUAUGGGCUGCCAGUGCCACUGUUGCUGCUGCUGACCUGCCUCCAGCGGGGGACAGCCCUGGAGCACAUCAGCUACGUGCCCCAGCUCUCAAACCGCAGCCUGGCAGGGACACUCACCCAGUCCACCUUCACACUGGAGCAGCCCAGGGGCCAGUUCAGUCACCGCAGCAUCUCUGACUCUGAUGCCAUCUGGCUGGUGGUGGCCCACAGCAACGCCACCCAGAACUUCAGUGCCCCACAGAGGGUGGAGGACAUCCCUGUCCCUGAAGACUUCACCCGGAGGGGCUACUACCUCACACUGAUGGCCAACCGCUUGCUCUACCUGGGCAACCAGCCAGGCAACCAGCUCCGGGUCCUCCGCGUUGGCAAUGAUACCAGCUGCUCCCGCACCAAGAGGGGCUGCAACCACCCCCUGCCGGGCCCAGGCCCCUACCGAGUGAAGUUCCUGGUGAUGAGUGACAAGGGACCUGUAGCUGAGACAGAGUGGUCCAACGAGACCCACCUACAGCGAGCUGAGAGGCUGCAGGCUGCCCCAGGCCCCCAAAGCACGGGCACCGUGGUCAUCAUUGCCAUUUUGUCGGUCCUGCUGGCUGUCCUCCUCACUGCCCUCCUUGCUCUGCUUAUCUACACCUGCUAUGACAUCCAUGGGAGCACUCCCAUUUCGGGCCCCGAGCAGUCAGUGUGCGUGAGAAGAUAUGACACCCACCACAUGAUCAGCCCUCCAGCCGUGGGGGGCUCCUGAGAGGUUCUCACCUACCCCUCAGCCUUGUCCCUGGUCCAGGCUACAAAUUCUGGACUGGGGGCAUGCCCUGCAGCUGCUGGAGCCCUGGGAAGAGAGUGUUUCCAAGUGAGGGUAGGGAGAGGGUACCUUAGCCCAAA